GGGGCACCACCAGGAAAUAUGGUGUCUGGCUAUAAGUCCCAGUGGAGACUGUGUUGUAUCAUCAUCCCACGACAAAUCUCAGACUCUGGGAGAGAACGAGAGAGCCUCUUAUUCUUGAGGAGGAAAGGGAAAUGCAAAGGGAAGCAGAAUAUGAAGAGAGUGUAGCCAAAGAAGACCAACCAGCAGUUCCAGGGGAAACUCAAGGUGACAGUUACUUUACUGGAAAGAAAACUAUUGAAACAGUCAAAGCGGCCGAGAGGAUCAUGAAAGCCAUUGAGCUGUACCGAGAGGAAACUGUGAAAAUGAAAGAACACAAAGCCAUUUGUAAGGCUGCAGGAAAAGAGGUUCCUCAUCCCAUGAACCCCAUCCUAAUUGCUUAUGGCAAUAUUUCACCUUCAACUUAUGUACUAGAGACUUUCAAAGGGGUCAAGUCAAGUGAGCUGGAAGAGUCUCUCCUCGUGCAGCCUUUCUCUUAUGUUCCAGACAUUCUUCAGCUCUUUGAUGAAUUCAUCCAGAUGGGCUCUGAUGUUGAACUUCUGUGUUGGUACCUUUUCUUCCUCCUCAGGAUUCACUUUGGCCAGAUCACCAGCAACCAGAUGCUUGUACCAGUAAUAGAAAAAUUAAAGGAAACAACCAUUUCAAAAGUCAGACAAGUCCAAGAUGUUAUUGGCUUCAACAUGGCAGGUCUUGAUUAUCUCAAGAGGGAAUGUGAGGCAAAAAGUGAAGUUAUGUUCUUUGCUGAUGCUACUAGCCACUUGGAAGAGAAGAAAAGGAAGAGGAGAAAUAGGAAGAAGAUGAUCUUAACAUUGACUUAAAACUGAGAUGUUGUGCCUUGUUGGUCUUCUUCUGAGAGAAGCUUGUAAGCUGAGCUGUGGAGGAGCUGGCAUUACC